UUCGUGGGCGGGCAAGCCGGAAAGUUUGCCUCCCCGGAACUGGAUGGCUCCGUUCGCUCGUUCGGGUACCCGCGAUAAUGUCUGGGCCAACGAAGGGAUCCCGUUUCCGUAAGCGUCGCGUCGCUUUUCGGCGAUAUUGGCGUCCGCAUAGAAUCGUUCGGCCGGGACGGCACUGGCGGAAUAUCUUUUCGGUUCCCGCAUAAAAAAAAUCCUCAAGCGGAACUGCCAUGACGGGCGAGUUCUCCCAGCAAUCCCCAUCCGCCGCCGGGAGAGAUUGAAAGCCCCAUUCGAACCCAAACCCUAAUCUCCAUAGGUUCGAGAGUGGAGAGAGGAAAGAUGAUGGAGGGUUUCUUGAUUAGAUCGGUGGUCUCCGUGGUGCUCUCCUUGUUGAUCGCUGCCAGAGCCUACAAGCGCAGGUCGCUCGAUGGAUCGGGGGCGCUCGCGGGGUUUUUGGUGAUGGUUAUCCACAUCGCCGCUGACUACAGGUUCGGAGCGCUGCUUCUUGUUUUCUUCUUCACCUCUUCCAAGCUCACCAGGAUAGGGGAAGAGAAGAAGAGGGCCAUUGAGGAGGAUUUCAAGGAAGGAGGUCUACGGAACUGGGUACAGGUUUUGGCUAAUAGUGCAAUUGCAACGAUUUUGGUAGUUUUAGUUGCAAAAAGGACGGGUGGGAAAGAUAGGUGCUUGGACACACGAGAGUCGGCUCUUAUUACUGGCCUUAUUGGUGGUAUCAUCGGACAUUAUGCCUGCUGCAAUGGCGACACGUGGUCAUCCGAAAUUGGAAUGCUUAGUAAUGCACAGCCCCGACUAAUUACAACUUUCAAGACUGUCCGAAAGGGAACAAAUGGUGGUGUCACAGUGGAAGGACUUCUAGCAGCUGCAGCAGCUGGCUUUGUUAUCGGGCUUGCUUAUGUUAUUGUUGGACUGCUUACAGUUGAAUGUGCUCAUGAUGUCAUCUGGAGGCAGCUGCUAGUAAUACCAGUCGCUGCAGCAGCUGGUCUAUGUGGGAGUUUGAUUGAUUCAUUAUUAGGAGCAACGCUUCAGUUCAGUGGUUAUUGCACCUUGAGGAAAAGGGUUGUUGGAAAACGUGCACCUACAGUGGUCAAGAUUUCAGGAAUGAGCAUUCUGGACAACAAUGCUGUGAAUGCAGUGUCGGUGCUAUCAACAGCGCUGCUUACGUCUGUUGCGUGCUUGUACAUCUUCUAGUGGCUUUCCAUAUAUUGCUCUCGCGAGCGACUACGUCUUCUUGAUUCUCGGACAGCAUCUACUGUACCUUCAACAUGACGGUCGGACUUGGUUCCCUCCCUCUCUGUAUUGUGGGAUAUAUUCGGGAAAAGCCGGAAACUAAAAGAUAAAGACUUUGUGAAAUCUUCAAGUCGGAAAAAAUUAAAAAUAAAAAGACAUCUAUAAAUAAGGAUUUUUGAUGAUAUAAAAUCCACUUAUAAUAAGAG